GCAAUUCUGACUAAUUUAUUGUUGUUUCUUUUCAUUUCUAAGGACAUUCUCAUUCUGAACGAUCUUCCAAAACAUCCUUUAAUGUAUGCAGAUGCUAGCUACAUCUAUGGACAAAGAUUUCUUGGUGAUGGAAUUUCACUCACCGCGGACGUUAAGUCCUGGCAGAAAAGACGUGACGCUUUCGGACCAGCUUUCCAUCGCAAGUGCCUUAAAGAAUAUAUGAGUUCUUUCAAUUCCACUGCCAAUAUUUUACUUGAACAUCUUGGCACAAUGGCUGACGGAAAAACAAAAGUUUGUAUGUAUGAUCAGUUAUACCAAGCAGCAUUAGAUGUCAUUUGUAAGGUUGGCUUUGGAAUGGACAUGGACAUUAUCAGUGGGAAGAACACUGAAUUUACUGAGGCCAUUUCACUGACUCUUGUUGGAAUACACGUGGCAAUCUUUGAACAACCAUUUCACAAGUGGAAUGUUUUUCAGUACCCUUUUCAGCGGCGUGUUAUCAAGGCAGUCCAGUUCUUGCGUGAAACAGGAAGGAAAGUAAUUGAAGAGAGAAAGAAUGCAAUGAACGAGGGAGAAGAGGUCCCUGAUGAUAUAUUACAACAUAUUAUUGAGCAGCAAGAAGCAGAUCCAAACCUUGGGAUAGAGGACAUGUUGGAUGAUUUUCUCACUUUCUUCAUUGCUGCUCACGAGACUACAGCGAGUUUGAUGUCGUUUUGUCUUCUUGAGAUUGGAGGCCAUCCUGAGAUAAUGGAGAGCUUGGUUGGAGAGGUGUUUGACGUGCUGGGAGAUAAACAGAAUGUUGCGUUUGACGACCUGGCUAAACUGUACCAGCUAGGACUGGCAAUGAAGGAGACAUUGCGCCUGUAUCCACCCGUGGCUGCCACUUUACGGACUUCUGGAACGGGUCAAGAUAUAGGUGGAUACAAAAUCCCUGCCAAUACCAAUUUAAUGGUGAGCUCUUUCGUCAACAGUCACUCCCCUGAGUUUUGGACCAAUCCAGAAGAGUUCAAUCCUUACAGAUUCGACAAUGAAGAACUCGUGAGAAGGUCUUGUUAUACUACCUUCCCGUUUUCACUUGGACCGCGCAACUGCAUUGGAAAAAAGUUCGCGCAGAUCGAAGCCAAGAUUCUGCUGUCACGCUUUCUUCAGACUUUCAAGUUUUCUCUGGUUCCUGGUCAGUCAGGCGAAGUUAUUGAGCGACUCACGAUUCGGCCCAAAGAUGGCGUGAUGUGUACUCUGACUAAAAGACUUUAAAACAACACAGGGUAGUCAGGUUUAAGCUCGUUUUUCACUUUUUAUUCGACAAAGAUGAAAGAAAUUAUGGAGCCAAUAAAGACUCCACUUAAAGUAAGGUAAAAGAAGCAUGUAGUUUUCGCAGCUAUAGGGCAGGUACCAAAUUUGUUUGACAGUUUCUCUUUCAACAUGCCAAUGAAGUAAAUUUUAUUAUUCUGGGGUAUCACUCUCUAUGUUUACCGAAAUGGAGAGUCCGCACAUAUGAGCGGGCAGAAGUGCUGGUAAAAUUCCAUAGAAUACACUGGAUUGUGACGUCUUGGAGUGUAUAAACUGACUUUAAGAUAUCGAAAUAAACGUAGAUAAGCUAUUAAAUUAAUUAAGUUUAAGCGAGGCAUGAACAAGAGAUUAGUUCCUUUUUUCACUUGCACUGAAUCCAAGGGCCCUCUUCUCGCAAUCAAACGAACAAAAAAUGAAUUUGGGAGGAACGGUAUUAACCUUUACAGGCCCAUCACGUUUUGAACUGUUUUGAUAGUGCAUCAAGGUACUCAUGAAAGCUCGAGGGUUUCAAGGCAGCACCGUAAGCAACAAAGUCUAACUAAGUAAAGCGACUUUUUUUCAAAAGAACUAUAAUACUACAAAUUUUAAGAAAAAAAGGAACAAUGUUAUCUAAGACUAAUAAUCAUAUUUUAUUAGUUAAGUAUUAGUUAGGUUUUAUUAGGUACGUCCAUAAUAAGCUGUAUUGUUGCCAUAGUUUGACCUACGUAUCAAAUAAAGUGUGUAUGUAUAACACUACGCACAAGCAGGACAGAAGUAAAUAUCGUAACUGCCUAUCAAAUACAUAUAUCUUAAUAGA